UCGAUUUCGAUAAGUUUGUCAGUGUUUGUCGGGAAAAAGCGACGCACAGUUUAGAUUCAGACGUUAGCUGGUGUGGUUCGCGAGCGGUUGUAUCAGAGAGAGAGUGCGAUUUAGGCGCGCAGAAGAAACUAGCGGUAACGGUAACAUCGCGGUGCUUCUGAAUAACAAGUGCGGGGGAGGCGAGGUGCCAUUAACAGCAGCAAUCUGUCUGUUGUUCUCGUCGUCGUCGUCGUUGUUGUUGUUGUUGUUAUUAUUGUGUUUGCUGAACAAAUAAAGGAAAAACAAAUAUGCCGAUGAAGAAACGGCUCUAAUAUGUAGUUUCGAAAAUGGAAUGCUAAAAUACAACAAAUUCUGAAAUGUAAAAUAAUAUUGUCGCGAGAGUAUGACCAAAAGCCAGGUGAUAAAAUGUUGAUUGAAUGCAUUUCGCGCAGCAUUCCCUAAACGAAUAGAACAGGAGAAAAAGUACUGAGAUCCCGAAGAAAUAUAAACCUUAUCAAUCGAGUAAUUGCCAAGGAACCAAACCCACCCACCGCCGAGUAAGCAGCUAGUGGAGAGUGGAGAGCGGAGAAGCAAAGAGAUUUGCGUGGAACAGCAAAUGAACUUCAAACCGGAUAGCUUUGUAACCGCCCAAAACGUGCAUCAUCCUUACCAUCAGCGAGAGCGACACAACAUCCCACUGCCGCCCAACUACGGAAGGCAAUCGGCAGUCGCGGUGGGGAUCGAGAUCGCCAUCGGGUCAGGCGGUGGCAGGAGCAGCGGCGUCGGAAGCAGUUCACCUAAAAUCAUGGAAUGGACCAACGAUGAUGCAUUAGAGCUUAUCGAACAGUAUCGCUGCCACACCGAGCUGUGGAAUCGCGCUGACCCCAAGUACAAGGAUAAGCUGUGCCGCUUCCGGGCGUGGUCCGAGAUCGCCGAUCGCUUUGGCUGCAGCAAGGCCGAGGUGGAGCGCAAGAUGAACGUCCUGCUCACCCAGUACAGGCGCGAGAAGCACAAGAUGUUUGUCAAAAUCUACCAAGGUAUACAGCCUAAUCCGUCCAAGUGGUAUGCCUUCAAGCGUUUCGACUUCAUGGAAGCCGGCGGCGGCAGCCUCAGCGGACUGCCCACCAGCGCCACAGUCGGUGGCAUAGCCACCUCCUCCUCCACCUCCACGCACAACGGACUCAAUGGCCUGGCCGCUGCAGCGGUCGCCGCCGCUGCCUACGACAGCAGCACCAUCGCCGCGGCGGCCAACGGCGGAGCCACCGGCCCGAUUGGGUGUGCUGGUGGUGCCACGACAACCGCAACUGGAGCGCCUGCAUCGCAGCACAGACGCAUCAAAACCAAAGAGCUGAAAUAUUUUGGAGCGAUGGGCCUGAAUAUACCCAUGCUGAUAGCAAGUAGUCAAACACAGCUGGACAACUGGAACACUGCGGGCCAGUACUCGCCUCCGAUAGGCAGUGCCGGCGGCGGACCCGGAGGCGGCAUACCCAAUUCUCAGCCGCAGCAGCUGCGCGUUGCUCUGCCCAUGUCUUAUGGCGGUGCCAGUGGCACGCCCUACACGGUCGGAGGCGGCGGCGGCGGCGGCAGCAGCAGCAGCGAGUUCCAGCCAAGUCCGCACAAGACCGUCGACACGUCGGAUAACGAAGACAAUACCAUGAGGGACGAGGCGGCGGUGACAGCGACAGCCACAGCGCUCGGACAGCUGGCGGCCAAAGUGGAACGCCGCUCGCCGAUCUCCUCCAACAUGGGCGGAGGCAGAGGCAGCGAAGACGGUGGCUUGAGUAGCACGCACGGUGCCCCCGAAAAUCCUGGCAGUGAUCAAGCGCUGGUUGCAGCUGCCUUGAGCGAGGCCGGGUCUAGUCCAAUACCCAACACCAACACGAACAUGCACGAGGCGCACAAGAAUCAUCUGCUAAAGUCGAGUCCUGUGUCAGCACGUGCGGCAACCCCUCGUCAUGCACACGAGCAACUGCAUCAUGGCCACCAUACGCUGCAGCAUCAUGCUCAUGGCCAGCACCAGGAUGAGCUGGACAUCAAGCAGGAGCUGGUUGACUACUUUCAUCCGCCGUCCGUGUCCGCAGCUCCACCACCGCCAGACUCGCAUCGUUCCUAUAGCUCGGCCGGCGAGGAAAGUCGCCUCCAUUUGGACAUGGCGCAGGAUCUGCGUGUGGCCCAGGCCAAGGCGCAGGCCAACUUUGGCUCCUUCGUUCUGCCCCCGCGUAGUAGCAGCGCGCAGAUGGCGGCAGCCGCCGCGGCAGCCUCCAUGCCCCUGAACAUGCGCAAGCUAACUGCAGCUUCGAGUGCCGGACACAUGCUUAUGAACUCGCUGCUUAGUUCGCGGGAGAGCAUGUCCGAUGCGGACGGCGACGUUGACAACGAUGAGGCCACAGAAUCGGCGGCCAGUCCUGGUCACAUCAAGAGCAGCGUUUCGGCACAGGACGCCAGCUCCGCGGCGGCGGCAGCCGCUGCUCUAUACGCAGAGAGUCUCAGCCGGGACGAUUGCGAUUUUGUUGGCUCCAAUGUGUCCAUGAAGCUGCGCACAAUGGACCGUACACAACGCAUCAUCGCCGAGAAACUAAUCAGCGAGGUGCUCUUCUUUGGGCAGUUCAACGAGCUGGAACGAACGGCGUGCAUCCAGCCCAAGUGACAGCGACGUCCAAGGAAGUGGACGAGCGUGGGACGAGUAGGUUUAGGUACGGGCAAGGGUAUUACAUCAGAGAAUGGAAUGGCAUCGGGAUUGGAAAUGGCUUGGAACAUGGCAAAUAGACAAAAUGAAAUUUCACUGUGAAAUAGCCAAGAAAACUAACCACAAAAACAAAACAAACAAACAAACAGUACAAUUUACUUUUAGUUCAACAGGGCCUACGGGCUCAUCUGUACAAAGCACAUGGGGCAGCGUUACUUAGAACCAGAAAGCGGAUGAACAUGAACAUGAACAUGAACAGGAUAUAUGGCCUGGUAUGGAAAGCAAUCGGAUUGGAAGCAACGUAACCAAAACAAGAUGUUCACUUCCGAGCCGUUGAAACGGUUUCCAACUGGCUAGAAAAGCAAAACUAACAAUAGCACCACAACUAACCGACAGAAUCUCAGUAUUACUUAUAAAAUACAUAAACACGUGUAGUAAGUGUAUAUACAGCACCUACGACGAUAUCAUAGGGGGAAACUCAAAAAGCAUUUGCCAUGUUGGGCCUCUUAGCAACGAUCCGACCAUGUCCAGUGGGCUUUUUAUUUUAAUGGUAGGCCCAAUACAUGUAGGCGCAGUUAAGAGACGGAGAAGAACUUUAUAAAAGAGCCCACGUUGGGCGUAAAAUUACGAAAGACAAAGCCAGUUGCUGGUUAAGUGCUGAUAGUUAGCAAUUUUGUAAAUCCAAAAACUCGUCUGUUGGGUUUCAAGGAUAAUCAACGCACUUGGGGAAAAUGCAUAUGUAUAUAUAUAUAUAUAUAAAUACCAACAUGUACAGAUCUAUAUGUUUUAUAGUUAGUAGUGUUAUAUAUCAAUGUACCUUAUUUUAAAACUAAAAAGUUUUUGUAGUCAUUUAAGUCUGGUCGUUAACUUACAAACACCAACCAAUACAGCAACUGAAACCAACCAACAUAAGAUAUGUAACAAAACAAAACAAAACAGAUGAAGAGUGUGUGUGAAUGAAUAAAUUUGUAUAACUAAAGCUAUGCAGAUCGUCGUCACUAGUUUGUUAAAAAAAAAACCAAACCAACAAAAACACAAAAUACACUAUUAUAAAUAAAUAUUGUAAUAUUAUUGUACAUUAUUAUGCGUGCAUGUUCACUAGGCCCUAAUGAUGUUUGCAUAAUGUUUAAGUAGACCUAUAUAUACAAAGCAAGAAAAAACUGAAAUGAUGAAAAACAUUAAAUUUAUUUAUAAAACAAAAAAAAACCAAAAUCCACAAAUUAGUCAUAUAAAUUAUAGAAAAGACUAAACUUUGCACGAACCCUGCACAUAUUGGUCUGGUCGAGCCUUUGUCCAUACUUUUAAGUAAUCGUCAGCUGUUUUUCAACAGAUUUGAGCUUGUUUUGGGAACUUCUUUAACUCUGUUUACAAAGUAAAUGAGUAAGAACGUUGCUGAGAAAUUAACUGAGUUCAAGUCCCUGCUUUGGAGUUCCAGUAUUGGAGUCAUCAGCCCAAUCAAAAAGACUUUUUCGACUGAUCUAAGCUGUUAUAAAACUAAGCACAGUUUUGCUCAGAAGGUUCCGCCAAAGACAAUAUAAUAACUAAGAUAAGAAACGCCCAUACAUUUGACUGCGACGCAAAAUUUCUAGCCUGGCUUCUCAUCUGGCUUUUCCCACUUCAAACGACAUGCCAGCCGACUGGCUCUUCGCUCUUUAAAAGCCAGACGAACGACGCCGAGGUUGCGGCUUGUUGAUGCUGCCACGAGCAACGAAGUGACUUGCCAGCCUGCCUUCAGCAAGGCUGGUCAAUGGUGCUCUGCGUCGAUUCGUUCGGCCCUCAUAGAGCCGAAGCUGAGAGUACAUUAUAUAAUAUUAUUAGCUUUUUCGCUCUUUCAGUUGUAAGAGCGCAAUGAUACUGAUUUCCUUUUUGUUCUUAGUUUACAGAAAAUCAAGCUGCAUAGUAGCAUUUUGUUGUAUGGCGUUACUCAUCUUAGUGUUUAUAUUGUCUUCGGUUCCACCAAGAAUAAUAUAAAUACUAUAUUAUUUAAAAGACAAUAUAAAUACUAUAUUAUUUUUAUUAUUUAUAUUGUCUUUGGUCCCACCCAGCUACGACGCUUCUACGUGUGUACAACGUCAGGCAGUCUGUCUGUUCGCCCUUAUGAACUGCACUUUUAAGGCCUGGCAAAAGAAAUAAAUAUUUAUAUGUAUGUCAAA